GACCCUCUAAGUGACGGAGCGGUGUCGCCUCCUCUCAAGCACAUCACCUCCGAGUGGACCCGUCAGCUUGUGGAGACCUUCGACCCCCUCGAUGUUGUGGACUCGUCCAGCGAACGAAGCGCCUCUUCGGCCGAUACCAUGAUAAUGAUGACGACGGAGGAGGAGCGGCGGAACGAAGAAAGCAUCAAGUCGAGUCUGCUGGACUACAAGCUGAGGAGGGCCCUCAGCGGACCUAAUAGUGCUGUGGCCCUCAACAGUGGCUUCGGCAGCAACAGCGUCAACAGCAGUAACUCAAGGAUUACCCAUCCAUCCAAGUUCGGGAAUUCCCCUUCACCUCAAUUCGGGGAUUCCCCUUCACCGAAACUAAGGAUUUCCCCUUCGUCGUCGAAGUUCGGGAAUUCCCCUUCUCCAAAGUUCGCGUCGUCGCCGUCUCCGAGGUUGGGCGGCUCGCCUCACGCUCUCUCGUCCCCGCAACACAGGAGGGGCGUGCCCAACAACUACGUGUCUAGCCAGCAGAUGCUGGACAACGCGCGGCGCUCCCGGGAUAGUCGCGGCGGUCAAGCGGAAGGGUGUGGCGGCUAUGACGAGGGUUACGGGACGGACAGUCGGUCGAACACGUCAGCGUCCAUCUCCUCGCCCCUCUCGUCCAGCCUCUCCUCUCUGAGCACGCUCGAGGGCUCUCAGAAUCUGGGUCAGCAUCUGGGAGGUGGAGGAUACCACCACCACCACCAUCUUCAUCAUCACAAUCCGCAACAACAUCCUUAUCAAGUACAUCAACAGUACCAAGCCAGUGGGAAUAACAGUAACAUUAGUGGUAAUAUUAAUCAUAAUAAUAACAACAUUAUCAACAGCAAUAACGUCGGGAGCCUUGGGUCUGUCGGCGCUAUGCAGAGAGGCCCUAUACAGAAAGGGCCCCAACUCCAGGGCAACAGCAGAAUGGCCGGGGGCCCCAAACUUGCUGGGAUGGCCGUGAAAAGGAGAGACGUUCCGGUAGAAGCCAAGGAGAGUAACUCUAAUCUGGAAGACAGAUUGCGGGCUCUCACAACCAUAGAGGAGGAAGAGUCGGGCUUAGAUCGCACUCUCGGGAAAGCACGGGUUUCUUCAGGGAUGUCUGAACUGGACAAAGGUGGUGUGUCUGGUCAACACUUUUCGAGAUCACGUGACUGGCAGCAAGGGCAGCAGCAGUACCAGCAGCAGCUGCCUCAGCAUCAUCGAAACUCUGACGCAUCUCAACAUAGGAACGGUGGAAGUGGAAACGGGGUUUAUGGGUGUUUCCGAGCAGUUCCGGUGGAAAUUAAAGCGCCGGAUGUGUCCGGGGGGCUAAUGAGAGGACAGGAUGUGGACGAAAAUGAGCGAGGAAUGUCGUUUCGAGGUAGGCCUCAACAUCGGUUCCCUCAAGAUCCGGUACCACCGCCCCCUGCGUCACAACAGGUGAAUGGGGACGGGUGGAGGGAUUAUAAACGGUAUUUCGAGAAAGACUGCGAUAUUCCAGCUCAUAACAUCGAUCCGGCAGGUCGAGGAAAGUUCUCCAAUUCUAGUACAGAUAAUGUACCUGAUAUGGACAUAAAUCGACAGAUUGGAACCGGUUCCCCGGCGUAUCCGAAGAAACACAUGGAUAUGCGGUAUCAGUCAAGCGAGCAGAGAUCGAGAGAGUCUCCUUAUUCGGUCCCGAGAGUCGAUGCCGGAGGUGCGUCUGAUCAUCAUCCCCUGAUGGCUCCCACAUCGAGGAGUUCUUACCCUGCCAAUCACAGUAGAGGUCUCGGUCAAAGUUCACGCCCAGCUCACGUUAUGAGCUCCAUGCCUGACUUGCGAAGUCAGGAGCCAUCAUGGACUCACGGUAUGACACCCAGACCUCAUCAGGACAGUUACCCUGGGUAUCCAUUCCACCCGCCCCCACCGCAACACGACCAUCGUCAGCAACAGAGACAACAGCAGCAACAGCAUCCAAGUUACAGCUCCUCCCCACGUCAACAACGUUACCAAGACUUUGAGCAGCACCAGCAGUUGCAGCAGCAGUAUCCAUCUUAUUCUCCAAGCCCUCAUCUGUUUAUGGACAACGAUGAUCAAGGCCCGUCAUCUUUGCCCGCGUCACUCUCAGGCUCUCAAUAUUCUGGACAGUAUCAUGAGCCGCAUGGCGCUGGCUCGUCGAGUGACCAUCCGUCUAACGAUCCAUCAGGCCCCCUGGGAGUCAGCCAGGGUUACCCUGAAGUCGUUCUCAGACGAUCAAGACUGACUGCUUCGGCCAGAGCAGCGCCAGGUAGACCCGACCGUUACUCAUGGCAACCUGGGUCAACCUACCACGAAAACCAGCAGCAGCAGCUACAUCUCUCCGACCUUGACCGUAACGUAACCCCUCACGUGGCAGAAAGAGCAUCUCUUGAUCUGGGCAGCAUUCCCCAGCUGCAAAAGCAAAUCCGGGCCACAUCCGAGUUGUGUCUCCAGGCUUCACGUCGACAUAUGUUUGCGUCCUCAGCUGAUAUUUACAAACUCUUUUCUGGACAGCGCAGAACGCCUGCUUCUUCUUCUUCUUCAGCAGCUUCUACACCUGUUGCAUCAUCAGACUCGUUCGGUAGCGACGCCAGAUCCCAUUCAAUGAGGCACAGUUUUCACUCAGUCCCGGCGGGAGGCUGGGGGAACGGACACCAACACUACGGUCACGCACAACAAACUCACAAGGACUCGCCGGGUACCAGACCCAAACUCAGGGUCAUGGACCCCCUAGUGGCAUCUCCGGGUCCAGUUCGCGCCGACCACAACAUCAGCAUACCCCCAGAAGCGUGGACAAACGUGACGGCCACAGCACCUACGUCACAAUCUCAGCCGACAUCGGACGAUAGGCCACCACUACAACGCCAGUCCAGUGGGUAUUCCUCAGAAAAUGAACUUCAGCAGAUCGAAAUUAACGCAAAAGCAGCCAAGAAACUGCAUAAAAAGCACGGGCACGACAAGAAAACAAACCCUCAACCGUCCUCAGCGCAGGAGUUUAUACCUCUAAACCGGUCCGCGGACGGAGAGUCAACAGCCGAUGACGAAUUCACUGAUAAUGGGGAGAACGAGCCCGUGUAUAUGAACCAACCGAUGCUGUCGAGGGCUCGCAAUUUGGACGCUGUCGACAAGAGUUCAACUCCAUCCGAGUCCCCGAGAGACAGAAAUCUUCACAUAAGGCCUGAAGUAGCCAACCCGCCACGAGUAAGUCACGGCGUUCCUCUAGAGCCCCACGUUCACAUCCUACAGGCCAAUCACCACUCCACGCCACCACCCCUCCAGCGGUCCUCUUCCUCUGCCCCGAUUUGUCAUCCUCCACAUCUCUCAGCUAGUCCCACCUCCCAACCUCAAUAUACCUCCGCUAGCCCCGCCUACCACCAUCAUCAGCCAAACUCAACUAAUCCUGCCUCCAUUUCCCAGUUUACCUCUUCUAUCCUCUCCUCUCAGCCCCAUUACCAACAAGUUAACCCCACCUCUCAUCCUCAAUAUCCGUCAUCUAGCUCCACCCACCACCUCCAACAGCAUCCCGCUAGUCUCAGUUACUCCUCUAGCCCCGCCCAUGCCACGUUCAUCGCCUCCGUCCCCGAAGCCGCCAUCACUCAGAACCAGGUCAUUAACCUCCACUCCCGACCCGUGACUAUCACAAGCCACGUGCCUUCAAACCCAUUCUACACCGAAGACAACGAUAGCUACGACAGCCCGUUACUCACAGCUGCCUUGCCGGGAUCAACAAACCCGUACACUUCAUCUCUUCACAACAGCGGGGACCGGUAUAACGGACUUUCGUCAAACCAACCUCCUCCUACAAACCGUCAAAACUCGUCACCAGCACCAACCUCGCUUCUCUCCACCCAACAACAGCCACCACAACAAUCCAACCAGCGGAAUCCUUCUCAAUUCGUGGAGGGCACAGACCCCAGAUCGCGGAAUAGCAUUUCGAAUUCCCCUAAAAUGGACCCUAGCCUAAGUGCAGCCCACGUAAGCAGCUCGAGACUCCAACAAAUGACUCCUCCCUUAGACCAAGCUCACCCUCGCCCCUUCAGUUCUCCCUCUGGCCAGCAGCAGGGACAUCUCUCGGUUCCCACGCGCACUCGGCCGGGCAGUAGCAGCUCUGUCCAGUUGUCUCCCGUGGAGCUAGCCCAGAUGUUGGACGUCCCUUUCGAAACCAACAUCAUAUCUGACGAGUCUGGGGACCGCUUGUCUACCCUGGUCUAGUUUCGGAGUCGUUGCAGCUAUUUGUAUGGUUUUUUACUUUCGAGUUUUUUCGGUCGUCUCCUUUGACAAGAUAUUUUGAAAUGUUUUUAGUUACCUUCACUCUUAAAAUUUGGGAUUCUUUUGAAAGCUAUAUUUCGUUAAGGUGGGCCUAUGACAGUAUCGUGUUUACAUGAUGGAGGAGGACUUCGUAUUCCCCGACAAGCAAUGUGCUGUUGGCUAGACCGAGGCUAACAGAAUCCAAGAGAGGAGAGACAUGGUAUAACGUGGACUAAGCUUAUUACGUUCGACGGUUCUCGCCACUGAGAUAAACAGUGUACCAGUGAAAGUGUUGGUUGCCCUGUCAUUGUACCUGCAGGCAGCUAGCUUUACAGAGGUCCAACUUGGUGGGCAACUUGUUUGAAGUGUUGGCUGUUUCCAGUUUCUGGAUUUGGAUAGUGCCGAGCACCCAUGCAUGUCCAAAUCUUCAUGUCUUGAAGUGAUAACAUAUAGCUUUUUUCGGCUGCUUUUUGGCAUGUUGAAAAUUCUCAUCUGACGUUAACCGUUAACCUCUUGCCGUAUUAUGUCUGCUGUCUUUUCUCACAUUUUAGGAGUAUCCCUGCUGAAAACACUCUCUUUGUUUGGGUCAGAGUCUGUGCGUAAUAAACGCGUUUCAGACAGGUAUAGUUUUAGCACAUCGCUGUUCUAUAACAUGUUUGCCCCAAUUGUACGCUCAGUGGCCUUUGCCACGUUUUCACUUUGAUUCGAGUCAUUCAAAGAAUAUUCAGUAGAACCAUAACAGAAUUCUGAGUUGCCGACAUACUUUCUCAUUUCUUGAGCUGCUCUGUUCAGGCUCGUAUCGGAAGAUGGGCACCUUUCGAGGUCAAAUGUCAUUUAUGCAGGGUGCAUACACAAGAAUAUUAUGGCUAUGUCGUGGCAAUGCCCACGAUAUAGCUAUACCUUCUUUAUCCACGACUUGACUAUGGUUAUCAUGGAAUGUUUGUGUCAGACGGUACAUAUAUUACUCUGCUGAUCCUCCUGUUGCGUCUUUGGAGCGCAGCUGCGAAUGUGGAUUUACAGUUGUUCCGGAGAUCGACGUUUCAGUGUCCUACUGUGUCAUCGGAAUACUAUAAUUGUUAGGCAGAAUGUAAUGUAACCUAUUGGAGACGGUUGUGAAGUUUAUGGAUACCCUUUAUUCAGAGCUCUGUUGUAAGAGUUGAUUUACAGUAACGUGUAUAUCAGACGUGACGUUGACUGGGCUGUUUUACCUUGAAUGGUGGAGUAUGUUUAUUCUGAUACGAACGAGCCAAGUGUAUGAUGAUCCUCGAAAAAUCAAAACUAUCAUGAGUCCUAGAACGCCCCUUCUGGGACUCGAAAUAGGGUCACUCGCAUCAUAGCCUUGUGUGAUAUCAGCUGAGAAAAGGCACAUCCGUCGAGAAGCUAACGGCUCCAAUUCUGAGCGUCUAAGGUUGUCGAUCUUUGUUGCUUUGAUUUUUUCACCUCAGUGAAUCAUCAUCAUCAUCAUCAUCAUCAUCAUCAUCAUCAUCAUCAUCAUCAUCAUCAUUAUCAUCAUCAUCAUCAUCAUCAUCUUAGUCCGCAUUAUUUUAAUUACUGCUGGUUUAUCAUUAUAUGUCAAAAUACAAUGUGGGAAAGCUUUACCAGUGCUGAAAGGGUUUAUGAUCGAUGAAAUUCUGUCAAGUGUCUGUGCAAAUCCUUGCGUUUUUGUAAACGGAUUGUGUAAGUUGCUUUUGAUGAAAUGUUAUGUACGUGCAGCUUAAUCUUUUUCAACUGGUGGUUUAAAUGAAGUGAUUUCAUGUG